UAAAUAUAGGAAAAGGACAAGUUUAUGUAGGGUGGAAAAUCAUGAAAGAGCCACGAAAAUUGUGCUUUAGUGUUAGUACUCCAAAGAGGGAUCUGUACAAUCACAUUUUUCAUUCUAUCCCAUCUACUCUGUAAUUGUUUAUAUGUAUAUUCUCACUUUCUACUGACUCCUUUCUCUUUCUUCUCCACUUUAUUGAUCUUUUGUGUCUACAGUAAAUUAAACAAAGAAUCACGAAUUUACUCCACUGUCAGCAGGAGCUGUUAUUUGGAGUUCAGGUGGUGGUGAAGUUUUCUGUUUAUUCAGUUGAAAAAGGAAGCUUUUUGAUGGGGGCUGAAUUUGGUUUCUUUGCAGAAAAAGUUCGUGUUUUGGAAUUUAUUUAACGUGGAUUUUCAGUUCACUCAGCUUUGAUAUGAUAUUCAAGCCAAAUGCAGAUCUUGAAGCCGCAUAAAGUGUAAUUUGUCAGGUUGUGCUACAAACUCCAAGCUACUAUAUCUUUAAAGACUUAAAAUCUGUAGGAUAGUGUGAUGGGCUGUGAAAGUUCUAAACUUGCCUCGUGUUGCUGGACUGGAGAGAGUGGCCCCAUUCACGAGGCUCAGAAUCCUGAUGAAGAAAAAAAUGAAGUUAGUGAUUCACCUGCAUUCUGCGAGUUUACAUUUGAGCAGCUCAGGAUAGCUACAUCUGCAUUUGCUGUAGAGAAUAUAGUUUCUGAACAUGGCGAAAAAGCUCCAAAUGUUGUUUAUAAAGGAAAGCUAGAGAACCAGAGGCCGGUUGCUGUUAAACGCUUCAACAGAUCUGCAUGGCCUGAUUCCCGGCAAUUUUUAGAAGAAGCAAGGGCUGUUGGUCAACUCCGCAACAAUAGGUUAGCAAAUCUUCUUGGCUGUUGUUGUGAGGGUGAUGAGAGGUUGCUAGUUGCAGAAUUCAUGCCCAAAGAGACGCUUGCAAAACAUCUUUUUCAUUGGGACACACAACCAAUGAAGUGGGCAAUGCGGUUAAGGGUGGCGUUGUAUAUUGCACAGGCUCUUGAAUAUUGUACAGGCAAAGGACGUGCUCUUUAUCAUGAUCUUAAUGCUUAUAGAAUAUUAUUCGGAGAAGAUGGGGAUCCCCGACUUUCUUGCUUUGGUUUGAUGAAGAACAGUCGAGAUGGAAAAAGUUACAGCACAAACUUGGCAUUUACUCCUCCUGAAUAUUUGAGGACAGGUAGAAUCACCCCAGAGAGUGUGAUAUUUAGCUUUGGGACACUUCUGCUUGACCUUCUGAGUGGAAAGCACAUCCCUCCUAGUCAUGCACUGGAUCUGAUAAAAGACCGGAAUCUUGAGAUGCUAACUGAUUCUUGCUUGGAAGGUCAAUUUUCUACUGAUGACGGAACUGAAUUGGUACGGAUUGCUUCGAGAUGUCUCCAGUAUGAGCCUCGUGAGCGGCCGAAUCUGAAGUCAUUAAUUUCUGCAUUAUAUCCUCUUCAAAAAGAAGCUGAGGUUCCCUCUCAUGUAUUAAUGGGUAUAUCAUCUGAUGGCGAAACUAUGCCUCUAUCUCCACUUGGUGAAGCUUGUUUGAAAACGGAUUUGACUGCUAUCCAUGAGAUCUUAGAAGCACUUGGAUACAAAGAUGACGGGGGAGCAGCUACUGAGCUUUCAUUUCAGAUGUGGACAGAUCAGAUGCUGGAAACGUUGAACUCAAAGAAAAAGGGUGAUGUUGCUUUCAAGAACAAAGAUUUUAGUGCUGCCAUUGAAUGCUAUACGCAGUUCAUUGACGUUGGAACCAUGGCCUCACCAACUGUGUUUGUUCGUCGUUGUCUGUCUUAUCUCAUGAAUGAUAUGCCACGAGAAGCUCUCAAUGAUACAGUACAAGCACAAGUGAUAUCUCCUGUUUGGCAUAUUGCAUCAUAUCUGCAAGCUGCUUCUCUUUUCACAUUGGGAAGGGAAAACGAGGCACAAAUCGCACUUAGAGAGGCUGCCAUACUCGAAGAAGAGAAAAAUGCAUCUGCUUGAAAGUGGCAACUGGAGCUCCUCAGAAAUGCAGCUGAGCUAUCGAUAUGUCACCUCGUGUAUGCAAUGGUUAGUAAAUUGUGUCAAUAGUGAAUUCUUUUGCAACAUAAUUGGAUGAAGUUGCUUUGUAUCUACAAGUUAGUCCUUGUUAAUUUCGCGCUAUGGAGUUAUCCAUCAUUCCCGAGUUCUGAAGGUUGCGUUUUCCCCAGAGGGUUGGUUCCAGAUAGAUUUCUCGAUCAUCGAAAAAAACAAUACCAUAGGUUCCUAAAGAUACAAGACCUAUGGAGAAAGUAUGAAGAGAGACUAGCAUUCUGUAAUUUUUGUACAGUACUAUAUGGUUUUAUUAUUGUGGGAUUAAAUUUACAAAACUAUGGCAACUUAUGUAACUUGCAAAUUAUUAUUUGUACUUCCUUUAUGACCAAAAAAUAAAAUAAAAUUAUUGUU